CUGGUGAGCAUCCUCUCUGUCCUGAUUUCCGCUUCUUGGUACCAUGAACGCCACUGGUCCUCAUUCCUGCUUCCAUCCCACAGGACAUCAGGAGGACUAGCGGCACCCACCAUGCGAUUUCGACGCCUGACACCUGGCUACUUCCGAGUGCUACAGAUGCAGAUAGCCGGGGACCUGAAGGCAGAGCCCCGGAGUCCGCUGGUGGGGAUCGUGGCUGCACUGCUGGCUAUCCUCGGGCUGGGCGGCUCCUGCUAUGCUGUCUGGAAGAUGGUGGGGCAGCAGCGGCCGCCACAGGCUCCAUGAUGAAGUAGGCAGCCUCUCACCUGGGCC